AUGGAAAACUCGAGUAUUUCACCCGUAGUGAAUGCGCAAAUAGAAUCUGAGCUGGCAAUCAAUUAUCUGAAGUCGAAUAAUUAUGAAAUGGCAAUUAUUUCACACAACAAGGCAAAACGGGGAUUUGAAUUGGCUGCGAAUCAAUCGAGCGAUAACAAGCUAUCAAAGCAGUUGAGGAGUUUGUCUGUGCAGCAUAAGUUGCAGGCGGAAUCGUUGGAGAUUAGGCAGCAGCGGCAGCCACUGCCAGAGCCAGAACAAGAGCCAUUACCAGAGCCAUCACAACAGGAAAUAAGCAGCGUCUACGAUGAUCGAUUUAACAAAUACUUUGAUAACAUUGAGGGUCUAAUACGUGAUAUGAGCAAUCCAGUAGCAUUUGCGUCUGCUCCUUUGGACGGGGAGUACAGCACUACCAACGACUUGGCGGGUUCAUAUGAAUUGCUCGAUGACACUGACAAGCCCUCGUUUAUACAAACAGCAACAAACUUGCUGAGUAAUUUCAAAUCUUAUUCUCUAAAUUUCACGCCAUUCGCUCAAUCGCCUCAAUCUCCACAAUUCUCAUCUGAGACACGUGGUACACGUGAUACUCUAGACAACGCCAGUAACGUCAUUAAGCAGCUAAUGGAUGAGAAUGCAGUUCUGAAAAACAAAGUGGCUGAUUUUGAAAGGCGGGAUAGAAUGCAUGACGCUAUAAAAGGCAGUAUCAUCAAAUUCGGUUCAGAGUAUAAAGCACACAGGCGUGAUAUGGCUAGUUUGGAGUUGAGCAGGAUGGAUAGGAGUGUUGCAGCCAGCAACAGCAACAGCAACGGUAACACCGCCACGCACGCGUUGUUGAAGAGAAUACGCCAGCUUGAAUUGGAGCUGUCUGCAAAAGAGCGCCAACUGGUUAAGAAAGACAAGGAGAUGACCAAGCGCGAUAAGAGACGGGAGUUUCCGAGGAGAAGGGAAAGUGAGCGGGGAUUGGGUAGUGGUGGCAGUGGCAGUGGCAGUGGUAGUGAUCCAGACGUAGAUUAA